AUGGCGUUUCUCUUCAAGUCGAAAAAGAAUCAGCAGGAUAGAGCCGCACAUGGUCGAGAUGGUCCACCAUCAUCUGGGUCAAGCGGCUCGCCUGGCGCUGCUAAUCGAGUUGUACGGGAUGAAAAGGCUGCGCGUUCAACACCAACGGGGAGCCUCAAUUCAUUAGAAGAAGGCAGCCCAAUACAAGACCUCGACAAGUAUGCUGUGCGCCGUGCACCAGAGCCGGCCCAACAACCGCCGCCCCAGCAACAGCGAGAACACCCACAACAGCAACAGCUUCCACCGCAGCAGCCCCCUCCUCAAAGCGACUUACCUCUUCGCAAUGCCCCCCAGUCCAACCCAAAUGCAUCUCUGUUUCCGUGGUCGCAAAGGAGGCUCAACUACACCUCUUCGAUUCCGAGCCCCUUCCCCCGGUAUGGAGCUGCGGUCAAUGGCGUUUCGUCCAAAGAAGGCGAUAUCUAUGUCAUGGGAGGUCUUAUAAACAGUUCUACUGUGAAGGGCGAUCUGUGGAUGAUUGAAGCAGGUGGAAACAUGUCAUGCUACCCACUGCCGACUACUGCAGAAGGCCCUGGGCCAAGAGUAGGACAUGCAUCUUUGCUUGUUGGAAAUGCGUUCAUUGUCUAUGGUGGUGAUACCAAGAUUGACGAAGCCGAUGUGUUGGACGAAACGCUUUACCUGCUGAAUACAUCAACGAGACAAUGGUCUAGGGCAUUACCCGCCGGUACCCGGCCAUCGGGACGAUACGGACAUUCGCUCAACAUCAUCGGAUCCAAGAUUUAUAUCUUUGGUGGUCAGAUCGAGGGAUACUUCAUGAACGAUCUGGCCACGUUUGAUUUGAACCAGCUACAAUUGCCGACAAACCGAUGGGAGAUUCUUGUCGAAAAUAACGAGAACAACGUCUCGCCCAAGGGCAAAAUACCCCCAGCACGAACGAAUCACACCGUCAUUACUUACAAUGACAAAUUGUACCUCUUUGGUGGUACAAACGGUUUCCAAUGGUUCAACGAUGUUUGGUGCUUUGAUCCGGCCACUAUCCAGUGGACACAAUUGGACUGUAUAGGAUACAUUCCCGUUCCCCGUGAAGGUCACGCUGCAUCACUUGUUGAUGAUGUGAUGUACAUUUUUGGUGGACGUACGGAGGAGGGCGCAGACCUCGGGGAUCUGGCUGCCUUUCGCAUUUCUUCUCGACGCUGGUACACAUUUCAAAACAUGGGACCGACCCCUUCCGCCCGAUCUGGUCAUAGUAUGACGACUGUUGGCAAAUCCGUGGUCGUGGUUGGUGGAGAACCGAGCUCAGCGACAACUCAAGUCAAUGACCUAUCCAUCGUCUAUGUACUCGACACAACCAAAAUUCGAUAUCCCAACGAUGCGCAAAUCCAGUCAAAUACUCAGAAGAUGCAGCAGCAAAGGAGACCAAGCGGCAGUGAAGAGGUUGUCAGUAAUCAACGUGCUCUUCCUGCUCGUGAUGGCUCGAAUGGUCCAGGUCAGAGGCGCCCCCAGGAAGCGGGUCGACCAUCAAGCCCGUCAAAGGGGCCCAAUGGUUCUCAAAUGGAUGGCCCUGCUGGUGGUUCAAAACUCCCCAGGAUGGCACCUCCUCCAGGGCCUGUUGGACCUCCACCCUCAGGGCAACCGCCCAGACCUAAUGUCAACACUGCUAACGGAAGAGUGCGUAAUGCUUCUAUCGAGCGCAUUGAGAGAGACGCUGCUGGGUCUGGGUCGUCCAGCCCCAAUCUAAGAAACCAGUCGCCGAUCCUGCGCGAUGUUAUCAAGGAGGAGACUGCCACGGCUACCACGGCUGCGACCAAUGGCCGUCGUACCCCUAACCAGGGUCGCAAGCCAGAAAAUCCCCCCACUGCCAUGGAAGCGAGCAAGAACAGGUCAACUCGACAGACCAGAGGCCAGGGCUCAGUGGACAGCAUUACAGAGCCCAGUCAAAAGAUCAUGGCUAAUCGCCCUGCCUCUCCACCGCCACCUACCAGACAAAACAGCAAUCCGCUGAACCGAAGAAGCUCGGGUCGCAACUCGCAAACCGUGGUCCUGCUUAAAGAGCUUGACGCUGCCAGAAACCGCAAUGCUUGGUACGCAUCUGAGCUAGAGCUGGCACGCAAGUCAGGCUACACACCGAGUGCCGCCAUGAGUCCGACACUAGAGAGCCGCGCAGAAAGCUUUGACGACGAAGACAGACCUUUGAUCGAAGCUCUUCUUGCCAUGAGGCAAGAAUUGACCAAUGUACAGAACUCGGUCGACAAGCAGGCCAUCAUCGCUGCAAAGCAAAUUGCUGAAGCAGAACGCCAGCGCGACGCUGCGGUCCAAGAAGCAAUCUAUGCAAAGGCCAAGAUGGCGGCGCAUACAGGCAGUGCUUCGAGCACUCCGCAAAUGGACAGUGAUCGCGAUGAAAGCUUCCGCACUGUUGAGACCAACCGGAAGCUGGCUGCAGCCUUGAAUCUCCAGAGGGAUUUGCAAAACACACUGGAGCGCACCAAUUCCGACCUCGCCGCCGAAAAGCGUGCACGUCAACUGGCUGAUGAGACUGCAAAUGCUGCACAGAAACGCAUGUCGGACCUGGAGAUGUAUAAGCAGCAGACGUCUCUCGAGUUGCAGUCUUUAAGGGCAGAGUUGCAUAUUGCUCAACGAGAAUCUCGUGACCAUGCGACCACUGGCGCUGAAGCGGCUGCAGCUCUCGAUGCUCUUCGAGUAGAGCAUUCCGACCUUCGCAGCAAGUUUGAAGACAGUGACCUUGCUGAAAGGGACAAUGGUGCAGACCUGGAGUCUCUUCGGGCAGCUGUGGCAGCGUCCGAGGACAUGAGGACACAUCUCGAGUCGAAGCUGGAUGAAGAGCGGGCCUUGAAGGAAACGAUUGAGUCGAGACUGACAAAGUUCAAGGCUGAAUACGAGGCGCAGACUGCUGAGCUGGUUGCCGUCAGCCAACGACUGCGCGAUGCAGAAGAGCUUGCUGAGAGGCAUGCAAAUGAGGCCAAGACCCACCGCCAGGCUGUUAUUUCCGGUCUCGACAAGAUCUCACAGAAUGGCAUCAAGUCCAAGCAGGUUGACGCUGAUCGCAUUGCCGCGCUUCAGAACCAGAUCACUGCUGCCAAUAACUUGGUCAAGAAGUACCAGCAGGAAGCUGAUUCGGCAUCCGACAAGCUUCGCAGUGCUGAAGAGCGUAUUGCAGGCUUGGAGGCAUACCAAGAGCAGUCCAGUCGAGAGGGUGUCACGAUUCGCAGACAGCUUCAGGCUGCGCUCAAGGACACGCAAACACUUCAAGCCAUGAACUCUGACUUGAAGCACCAGCUCGCCAACCAACAACUCGAGACCAAUGCCAUGACCGUCCAACACAACACGCUCAAGGACAUUUUGACCGAGAGAGGUAUCAGCCCUACCGGACUUGCUCGCGUCAGAGGCAUCAACUCUAGAAAUGACUCUCCCGCCGGAGGUGACCUCGAACAGCAGCUGAUUGAGGCCCGUGCUGCGAAUGAUGAGUUGAGACAAAAUUUUGACUUGCAAGUCCAGCAGAAUGAGGCUACAUACAGGGAAAGGAUCACCCAACUCGAAAGCGAUUACCAAUCAGCCGUUCACUACGUCAAGGGUACUGAAAAAAUGCUCAAGCGGAUGAAGGAGGAACUAUCCAAGUACAAGUCCGACAAUGCUCGGCUCAAGAAUGAAAACCUCGAGCUCGAAGAAAGGUCCUUGAGCGCUGAGCCCAGUGGCGCUUCUGCCCCCGCGGACUGGGAUAGCCAACGCUCUCUUUUGGAGGAGAAGAUUGAGGUUCUGCAGGAGCAGGUCAAGAAUUCUUCCACUGAUCUGGAGACACAGCUGGCCGUGGUACGCCAGGAGCUCCAGACUGCCAAGCUUGAACGUGACCAUGCCACGCAGGCGACUGGUGAUGCUACACAGCGGCUUGUGGUGAUGGAGAAGGGGCUUGAGCAGAUGCAGCAAGAGAACGCGCUCCUGGAGAAGCGUGCUCAGGAUGCGGAGCAAAAGGUUGGCAUGCUCUUGGACCAAGUUGAGAACUCGGUCGAUCACUAUCGCAGGCAAAGUCGCCAGGCGCCCAGUAUUAUUGGCUCUGACGCAACAGCGACAGCGAUAGCGACACCCAGCGCGCACACCGCUGGCCAUCAGCGCCAAGAAAGCUCCGAAGCGGGUAGCAUGUAUGGCGGACUCGGUGAUGCUAGAAACAGCACUGCGCUAGACAAUCUGGCUGACGAACUUGACCAGCUGAGAUCAAAGUGGGAAGCUACCAACGAGAACUACCGUCUGUCGACGGCUUUUGACUUUGAUGGUGCCAACAACAAUAACGGCAAAAAGCACGAUGAGAGCGUCGGCGUCGGUCUCGGGCUCAGUGAGAGUCUUGCAGACUGGCGCAAGCGACUUGACUCUGACGAACACGAUGGUCAGAGUGCAAGACGGAUUUGA